AUCGUCUUAUUAUUUGGCGGAAUAUAUCCGUGAUGAAUUUUUGUUGAUUUUAUGCAAGUUCUUAUACACAGUACACAUUUAUGCAAUUCUUUUGCGCUUGGAUUAUUUCAUGUACAACAGUCUUAAGAAUGUUCCGGUGAGAGCAGUGCGGGCGACCAAAUUCGCUAUAUUAAUGCAAUCUCCUCAGUGAAGCGGUUUACCGCCCACGGUCGUCAGUAUUUCGGAGCUGUUUAUGAGUAUACCUGCGUUGCUUCCAUACGAAUAUCCUAAAGUGAACUGUCACUGGUGACGGGAAUCUCCUGUUCCGAAAUUUCAAUAGUCACGCUCAGUUCCUUUUUUACAUCUUCUCGCGGCCAUCCCUGUGAGUGCAUUUCAAUGGGGUAAUCAACAACGUCGCAUCUGCCGCUACCUCUCUGAAGGGAGAUAGGCAUACGCUUGUGUUUUUAUUAUAUUUAUAUCCGACAAUUAUGGACGCUAGAUUCCACGGCGCACAGUCCAUCUUUGACGCUUAGUUUUCGUUAAAGUCGAACUUGACGUUUCAACGACCGAAACAGCAGAUAUACGAGAAAUAAAUAUAAGAAUUAAUAUAAGUGACAAUGGAGUCCAAGGAGAAUUUAGUACCGGAUGAAACCAAUGUGUCUCAAAAGGAAAUUGUAGAUAAUUCUGAAAAUAAAGAUGAUGUUGAAAGCUGUAUUGAAAAGGUCUUAGAGGAAAAUGAAAAACUGGAUAAAUCACUGCUUGAUAAAAAUGCUACAGAAGAACUGAGUGAUAAAUUAUGUACAGUAUAUGAAGAAACAACCACAACAGCUCUUGAAAAAGAUUCUGUUCCAUCAAAUAUAGAAACAAAUGAUCAUACAACAUGUUUAGAAGCCACAACAAAUGUAGAAAUAAAUGAUCACGCAUCAUGUUUGGAAGUGAGGACAAAUGUGGAAACGAUUGAUCAUGCAAGUUUAGAAACCACAACAACAGAAGACAAUAUUGGUGUUGAAAAGCCACUUUCUGAGGAAAAUAUUGAAAUUAUAACAUCCCAAGAAAAUAAUACAACAGUAACUUCUUGUAAGGAAAGUACAUCAGUUGCAGAUGCAGAUGAGGAAAUAACAAAAUUAACAUCAAAUUUGUCAGAUUUAACAAAAGUAUGUGACAUAGAAAAUUUGUCAAAUGCUUCACAUGAAGAUGCAGAUAAUACAGCAAAUGAUUGUUUUAAGUCUUCCGAAAAUAAUGCUGCAAAUAUACCAGAAGCAUCUCAAGAAAAAGAGAAAGAUUGUGAUAUUCCAGAUGAAUUAAGUAUUACCGAGGAUGAUGUGCAAAUCCAUGAGAAUCAUGCAAUCCAUGAGAAAGAACUUGAUUCUUCCAAAAAAUUGGAAUCUGAUUCUUCCGACAGUAAUUUAGAACACCCUGACAAAGAUUGUUUAAUAUCUGAAAAAAAUAUUGAGCCUGAAAAUACAGAAUUUGUACAAAUUUCUCAUGACAAACAGGAUGACACCCAAAUUGAAAACCAAUCUAUAGAUGCAGAAGAUCCAUUUGGUGGUGAUAAUCUUGCUUCUGAAAAUGUGGAGCAACUGGAAGCUGACAAUCUGGCUGAUGGUGAGGUUAGCUUUAAAAAUAUAUAUGAGCAAGAUAAUAAUUUAGAGGAUGUAGUAAAUGCUAAAAAUGAUAAUUCCAAUGAGAAGCUUGAUGUUAACUAUACGUCAAAUGAUCCAAAGGAUACUGCUGUCAACAAAGAUAUGGAUGAUACUGUUGAGACAUCAACUAAUAUACAAAGUACUAUUGAUUCUCUUGUAAACACUUCAGUGGAAACUGACCUAACGAACGAUAGUACAUCCAAAACAGAUGUAAGGAGUACAUCACCUGUAAAAUCACAUAAUCAGGAUGAGCAAGUGAAAAAGAAUAUUGAAGAAGUUACAUCUAUGGAAACAGAUGUGGAUCAAACUGAUGUGUUACCAGGGCAGGACGAUGAAUUAUGUAUUAUUCCAGAUAGUAUGAAAGUUAUAAUACCAGAUAAAUCUGCAAAAGUAAUAGAGAGUGAGCAAAGUGAACCUGUACUUGCACAGGACUCUAAACAUGACGAAGUGUCACAAAAAAGUAGCAAGUCUGAUUCUGAUGUUGUAAAAGACACCGCGCAAGAAGAAAUGAAAUCAGUAGAUGCAGAAAAUACAAGCAGUAGUACAGAAAGUGCAAUUACUAUUGAAGAUAAAGAUACAGAGACAACAGAAAAUGUAGUCAAAGCGACAGAUGUUAUUAACAUUGACGACGAAUCGAAAAAUUCAGAAGAAAUAGAGGAAAUUACUUUCAAAGAGAUGUGUAAACAAUGCAACGAAGAAAAAAUGUGUAAAAUUCGGAUGAAGAUCGGCUCGGAAAGUUACAAUGUAUGCUCCAAAACGUGUAAGGCAUUAUUCAAGGCAGCAAAUAACAAAUCAAUAGAUAUACCAAGUGGAAGUCAGCUUGAGGGUUCUUCUAAAAAAGAGAAGCGUUGCACAACUUGUCUAUUAAUUAUAGAGUUAAAUGAUGAACGAAAUCUUUCUUGGGAAACAAUGGAAUUCUGUAACGAAGAUUGUCUGGGAAAGUUCCAAAGGAAAUAUGGAAGUUACUGUAAGAAUUGCAAUGGUUCUGUACAAGCUGUGAGUUUAGGAAAAUAUUGCGUAAGAUUUGGAUGCGAUGUGAGGCAGUUUUGUUGCUCAACAUGUUUAGAAGAAUUCAAAAAAGGAUUGAAAGUGUGCAGUUAUUGUCAGAAAGACAUAAGCCUUAGUACCGAUGGUUUUCUCGCACCAGUUGGUGAGAAAGGGCAAUUUAAGGAUUUCUGUACUCAAGACUGUAUGGAAAAAUAUUCAAAAUUGAACUCUACAGAACCACCAGCUAUGGAAAAAAAAGCCUGCAGUGUUUGUCAAGAGAAGAAAGUUGUACAUUGUGAAGUCCAAAUAUAUAAUAGCUCGCCAGUGGCUAUAUGUAGUGACCCCUGUUUCGCUGCAUUUAAAUUUGUAAAACAAGUCAAACCCGAAAAAUGUUCCACCUGCAAGAAAUUUUUUGAAUUACCGAAUAAGCAAAAUUUUGUUGUAUUUUACGAGAAUGAGCCACAUACAUUUUGUAAUAAGACGUGCUUAAAUAUAUUUAUUAUAACAAAUAGAAAGAUAGUACCAUGUAAUUGGUGUAAAGUAAAGAAAUAUAAUUUCGACAUGAUUAAGAAGGAAUUGAAAACGGGACAGAUCCUGAUGAUGUGCAGCUUAAAUUGUUUGACAUUGUAUCAGGUUUCCAUUAAUGCAGUGUCUGCGAAACGGAUCAAUUGUGACUUUUGUAAGGAAUAUUCUCUGGCGCAUUAUCAUCUCACAAUGUCGGACGCGACCAUACGUAAUUUUUGUUCGUAUAAUUGUGUGAUGAACUUCCAAGCUCAGUACACAAAAUCCCCGAUAACUAUACCGUCCAGUGACGACCCGGUGCCAACAGGCAUGCCGAAGAGGACGAUACCGCAGAAAAUUACGUGUCAAACCGUUCCAAAGCCCAAUGAAAUACAGAAUAAGAAAACCAUGCCGGUAAUCUCAUCAGUAACGAGUCUGGCUACAAUAGGAAACGGCCAGACGAGUCCUAAUUCUCAGCAGAACAAUAUGGUCAUGCCUGCGAGCACCAUACCAAAUCAAACACAGCCAGUCCUCUAUAAGCAACAAAUCAUCACCAGACCGCCUAGCCCAGUGAAGAUGCACAACAAGACAACUCAAUGCAAGCCUAUUGUCCACACGAAAGGAGUCUCUGUUCGUCCUCAUCCUUGCACAAAAUGGACGCAAACGAAAAACCCUCAACAGGUCGUGAUACCCAUACCGGUGCCGAUCUACGUUCCGUUUCCUAUGCACAUGUACAGCAUGCCUUUCCCAGUCCCGAUGCCAUUCCCACUUCCCAUUCCCAUACCCCUCUUUAUACCUACUACGAGAAAUAGUGCUAAAGGCAUUAUGAAGGACAUAAAAAGAAUACAGGAGAAGAUACCAUCCGACCCAUACGAAGCUGAACUUCUGAUGAUGGCAGAAAUGGUAGCUACUGAGAAGAAGGCCAAUGACAGUGACUCCGAUUCGGCUGAUGACAGGGAUGGUGACACAGCUGGUCAAGACAAUUUACAUAGUGAUGGUUUCAGUCCGGAGGCAGUUGAUUCCAGUAACACGUUCGGUGACGAUAUGUUGCAAAUGGCGUUAAAAAUGGCUACUGGAGAAUUAGAUGAACCUGCAGUUGAUUUGGAGGCUGCAUUAACGCCAAAUACAAUCACAGCUACGCAACCAACGUCACAAUCAGAAGCCAGUAUGGAUAACGAUGUACAAUCGGAGCGGUUAAUCGCUGCUUCUAGAGGAAGGAAACGUAUGGUGCCAUACAAACCACGAUCAACAUCUACUAAACGAGCCAGAAGGGUAUCUAAUACAAACGACAUGCCAUUAAUGCCACCGCCGGAGCCACAACCACCUCCGCAACCGCGGAUCAUGGAGCCGAUGGAAAAACCCGACGCUAAUAUGACAUUGAAAUAUACAUUUGGUGUAAAUGCAUGGAGACAAUGGGUUAUAGGGAAAAAUGCCGAAUUAGAAAAGCAGAUUACGCCAAUGAGGAAAAUUAAAUUGUUUAAAACCGAUCUCCUGCAACUUACCGCGGAUGAAUUAAAUUAUUCUCUAUGUCUUUUCGUAAAAGAAGUAAAAAAGCCGAGUGGCUCGGAAUACGCCCCCGACACGAUAUAUUAUCUGUGUCUAGGAAUACAACAGUACUUGUUUGAAAAUAAUAGAAUUGAUAAUAUAUUCACGGAUUCAUAUUAUGAGAAGUUUACAGACUGUCUGAAUGAAGUUGCGAAAAAGUUUUCUAUGCUUUACAACGAAGCACAAUAUAUUGUAACCAGAGUGGAGGAAGAACAUUUGUGGGAAUGCAAACAAUUAGGUGCCCAUUCCCCACAUGUCUUGUUAAGCACACUUAUGUUUUUCAAUACGAAACAUUUUAAUCUUGUGACAGUAGAAGAACAUAUGCAACUUUCGUUUUCGCACAUUAUGAAACAUUGGAAGCGCAAUCCGGCAGCUCAGGCUAGUACAGCAGUAACAGGGAAAGCUCCGAGGAAUGUUCUGCUAAGAUUUUACCCACCACAAUCGGCCCUUGAAAACAAUUCAAGGAAAAAGAAGGUGUACGAACAACAAGAAAAUGAAGAGGAUCCAUUAAGAUGUCCUGUUAAGCUAUACGAAUUCUAUUUAUCUAAAUGCCCUGAAAGCGUUAAAACUCGCAACGAUGUCUUCUACUUAUUGCCAGAACGCAGUUGCGUACCAGAUAGCCCGGUAUGGUACUCGACGUCACCACUCGCAAAGGAACAACUCAUCAAAAUGUUAUAUCGUAUAAAAAUGGUUAAAGAAAUUAAUGUAGCGUUACUUACAAGUUAAUUUCACGUAUUACAUUGAUCUCCUGUGUAUUUGUUUAACGAAUGAGCUGACUAGUUUUUAGUCAGAGAUGAAACAAUGAUACAAUACAAAAAUAUAGGGUUUAACAAGUUUUCCAA